AACAUGUACGGUUGAAGUUUCGUUAUUAUAUUUUGCUUAAUUAAUUUUCCACAUUUCCUCAGGAAAUCGAGGGUCAGUGGGGUCUUUUCAUGCCCACACCUUUUAAAUUUAUAGCGUGAGUCUAUAGAGCCUUUUUAUGAGCAUUAUUGUACGUCAUGUCGUUGUACCCCUGAAUAAUUAAUAGAACGUGACUCGAUGGUCUCUUUGCUACUGCGCAAGUUGUCAACCAUAACAAUGUCAAGGUCGUGGACUCAAAUGUUCAAUCAAUCAACUUGGGGGAUAUAAACACCAGCCGGACAAGCUCGCCCCAGUGCUGACCGCUGUGAUUCACCUGGUGCUCCUGAAACAUGUACAAAAAAACCUAUAGAGAUAUGGUGUCGGGUGAAACGACACCAACCAUUGUAACCACUGAAUGGCUAAAGGAUUCGUUGAAGUCUGGGUGGACCAAUCUGAGGAUCAUUGAUGGCACCUUUCACAUGGAGAAUUCCGGGAGAGAUGCCAGGGCUGAGUACACCAAGCAACACAUUCCAGGUGCUACCUACUUUGACAUAAAUGGAUGUGCUGAUACCACGUCACAGUAUGAUUUACCCCACAUGCUCCCUUCUGUGGAACAAUUUGAGGAAUAUGUUGGGUCAAGAGGCAUCGACAACGAAAGUCAUGUCGUAGUUUAUGACAACAACCCGAUGUUCCCCGUCUUUUCGGCUCAAAGAGUUUGGUGGACAUUCAGGUGCUUUGGGCAUGACAAAGUGUCCAUCCUUGAAGGUGGUUUACAAAAGUGGUUGAAGGCAGGGGGUACUGUUACAGAGGAAGCCAGUGAAAUGAAAAGAGGUGUCUUCAAAGCUCAAUUUCGUUCCAAUUUGGUCAAAUCAUUUGAUGAUGUUCUCAGCAAUGUCAAAUCGGGAGAAUAUGUGCUCAUAGACGCAAGACCACCAGGAAGAUUUCAAGGGACUGCUCCAGAGCCAAUUCCAGGUGUUAAGCCUGGGCACAUUCCACAAGCCUUGAAUGUGCCGUUUGUGAAGUUAAUGGAUACUGAGAGCAAAACCUACAAAUCUGUUGAUGAGCUGAAGAAAAUCUUCGAAGACAAUAAUGUGGAUUUGAAAAAGCCCAUUAUCUUUACUUGUGGUUCAGGUUUGCAAGCGAGCAAUCUUGUCCUGGCUUCCUAUCUUUGUGGCAAGGAAGAUGCAGCUAUGUAUGACGGGUCUUGGGUCGAGUGGUAUCGUCGCGCGCCUGCUGAUCAAAUGGUGGAUGUUCCUUCGGAAUAGACUCUUUGAAAAUCUUAUUUUGAUGAUAAAAUUUUUUCCCUGUCUUUAAACCACAUAUUUUAUAUUCAUAUACCAUAUAUUUAAAUUUAAAAUCUAUACAUCACAUAUAGAGUUUUCUGUUGUGAUUUUUUUUAAAUCUUAGAAGAGUGAUUUAUUGUGUUGUGAACUAAAUGUGAUUUGUGGUGCCUUUAUUUCUCUACAAACAAACUGAAGUUGUAUUUUGGAUAAUAAAGUUACAUUACAUUUUUAUCUUAUCCUUUUCACCUCAAGUGUUUAUUUUUCUUCCUUACUAAUACCAGGUAUUAUGAACCCGAAAUAUAUGUCAUCUUGGCAAUGGGUCAUUUCUGUCAAAGAUUUUAAUCUGCAAAAGAUUUGUCAUAUACUGUGCAUUAUGAACCUACUGUUCAAAUGCCCUUUGUUAUACAUUAUAAUCAGAUUUUUUAAGAAGUAGCCUACCUGUGGACUGACUAGCAGUUUUCCUAAAAAUUCUGAGUUUUUCAAAGCUGUGUUCUCAAGCUUAGACUCAUUGUUCAUUUUAGAAAAUUAUGAUCUUUAUCUCGUAACAUCUAUAACAAAGUCUCAAAAUAAGAUGAAUGACACUUGUCAUAAGCCUGAUGUACUUGGAGUUGUUUGAUCGAGGGGGGAAACUAUUUAAGUUUUACAUAUUGUCUCUAUACUGAGCAUCAUCAUGAUUAGUUGAAUGUGAUAUUUCAUAAAUCUAUGCACAGAUUACUAUCCCCUAAUAAAUGUUGUACUGAAUUUUAUUAUUUCCUUUUAUAUGACCUCUACCUACGACAUAAUAAUUUAUGCUUGUAUUGUUUCACUGAUAAUAUUUUGGCAUAACCAAAAUUUUAUGAAACAGAUUGUAUAAGAUUGGAAGUUCACUAGGGCUGAAAUAGGUCUACAAACGAAUUGGUUUCAAUCACCCGUGAAACACUGAUACGAAAUGUGGGUACAAGUGCAGCGGUCUCUGGCUAAUAGCAUGCCGGAUAAAAGCAUGGUCUGUCUAAAGCAUGCUGGCAGCAUGGAACAUAAAUUUUCCUGUUAGAAAUAUCACUCAUAAGUGCACAUUCCAAAUUGAGAGCUUUGUCUAAUAUACCACAAUUGUUUGCGUGCUAGUGUCAGAAACAGAUCGCCCAUAAAAUGACUUGUCUCACUUGGAACUGAUGGAAGUGAAACAAACAUUACAUGAUGCUUUCCUCUAUUACUUAUUUUGCAAAUUUGCCACGGAGGAAAGACAUAUAGGGACAAGAUAUGAGACAAAAUUGUGCAAUGACGAAAAGCCAGUGACCGGACAUGCAUGGUGGACAGACAGUGUGAGAGGGCUGUGCUGUAAUUAUGAUGGUCAUUGUUCGUGAUCACUUGGCAUAGAAACAUUUCACACCUCGCGGAAAAUUCAGCACAAUGACGCAACCCUCCGCAGGUGGUCAGAUGUGAGGUGGUUCACAGUAAUCCAUGAUGCACCACACAGUGGACUUGGGUAUGAGCAAUCAAUUAAAUUCAACAAAAUACUUACUCAAGAUUACUCCCCUUUUACAUUCACUUAUGUUUUUAAAAAAACCCACGCUCUUAUUGUCACCGGAGGUGCCUACUAUGAGCCGGAGACCACUGUAUAUAUAAUAUAAAUUUACAUAGUCUUUUUUUGCUAUCGGCUUCCUAAAUCAGCUAAAGAGACAUAUUUUGAUGGGAAAGAUGAGUCAUACCUUACAACAACUACUGUCAACAGUGAGUCGAAGUAGCCAUGAAGAAGUAAAAAAUGGCAAGACUUUUGAACAAGUAUUUGGAUUUUUUUUUUUCGUAUUACUGAAUGGAAUUGUGAAUAUGAGAGUGAUAUUUUGUCUGUUAAUCGAGAAGGUAGACAAAAAAGUAAUUUCUAUCUAAAUAAGAAAGGUCAAUGAGGACAUCUCUUUAAAAAAUAUUUUGUCACCUCUUGCCUACUCAAACAAAUGUGUUCUGUUACAGGGACGUGUUUUACAGUCCUAAAACAUUGUGUACGCACUUUAUCAUGUGCAUGUAAUAAAUAAAUGUGAGAUUCAUCUCGCUUUUGGAUCAAAAGCUC